GGGAGUUCAGACCUAGAUCUUUCCAGUUAAUCACACAACAAACUUAGCUCAUCGCAAUAAAAAGCAGCUCAAACCCGACUGGCUCUUUUAGGCACUGACUCGGCACAGGAUUCUCUCACCCGGGCAUCUCCUGCAGUGGGAUCCGCCAGCACGUCCAGCAGCACCAUGUGGGUGACCAAACUUCUGCCAGUCCUGCUGCUGCAGCAUGUCCUCCUCCAUCUCCUUCUGCUUCCCAUCGCCAUCCCCUAUGCAGAGGGACAGAAGAAAAGAAGAAAUACACUUCAUGAAUUCAAAAAAUCAGCAAAGACUACUCUAAUCAAAGAAGACCCAUUUCUGAAGAUUAAAACCAAAAAAAUGAACACUGCAGACCAGUGUGCUAAUAGAUGUAUUAGGAAUAAGGGACUCCCCUUCACCUGCAAGGCUUUUGUUUUUGAUAAAACAAGAAAACGAUGCCUCUGGUUCCCUUUCAAUAGCAUGUCAAGUGGAGUGAAAAAAGAGUUUGGCCAUGAAUUUGACCUCUAUGAAAACAAAGACUACAUUAGAAACUGCAUCAUUGGUAAAGGAGGCAGCUACAAGGGAACUGUAUCUAUCACUAAGAGCGGCAUCAAAUGCCAGCCCUGGAAUUCCAUGAUACCACACGAACACAGCUUUUUGCCUUCGAGCUAUCGGGGUAAAGACCUACAGGAAAACUACUGUCGAAAUCCUCGAGGGGAAGAAGGGGGACCGUGGUGUUUCACAAGCAAUCCAGAGGUACGCUACGAAGUCUGUGACAUUCCUCAGUGUUCAGAAGUUGAAUGCAUGACCUGCAAUGGGGAAAGUUAUCGAGGCCCCAUGGAUCACACAGAAACAGGCAAGAUUUGUCAGCGCUGGGAUCAUCAGACGCCACACCGGCACAAAUUCUUGCCUGAAAGAUAUCCCGACAAGGGCUUUGAUGAUAAUUAUUGCCGCAAUCCUGAUGGCAAGCCGAGGCCAUGGUGCUAUACUCUUGACCCUGACACCCCCUGGGAGUACUGUGCAAUUAAAAUGUGUGCUCACAGUCCUGUUAAUGAUACUGAUGUCCCUGCGGAAACAACUGAAUGCAUUCAAGGUCAAGGAGAAGGUUACAGAGGCACCAUCAAUACCAUUUGGAACGGAAUUCCAUGUCAACGUUGGGAUUCUCAGUAUCCUCACCAGCAUGACAUAACUCCUGAAAAUUUCAAGUGCAAAGACCUAAGAGAAAAUUAUUGCCGAAAUCCAGAUGGAGCUGAGUCACCCUGGUGUUUUACCACUGAUCCAAACAUCCGAGUUGGCUACUGCUCCCAAAUUCCAAACUGUGACGUGUCAAGUGGACAAGAUUGUUAUCGUGGGAAUGGCAAAAACUAUAUGGGCAAUUUAUCCAAAACAAGAUCUGGACUAACAUGUUCAAUGUGGGAAAAGAACAUGGAAGAUUUACACCGCCAUAUCUUCUGGGAACCAGAUGCUAGCAAGCUGAAUAAGAACUACUGCCGCAAUCCCGACGAUGAUGCCCACGGCCCCUGGUGUUACACGGGGAAUCCGCUCAUUCCCUGGGAUUAUUGCCCUAUUUCUCGUUGUGAAGGUGAUACCACACCUACAAUAGUGAAUUUAGACCAUCCUGUAAUAUCUUGCGCCAAAACAAAACAAUUGCGAGUUGUAAAUGGGAUUCCAACACGAACAAAUGUGGGAUGGAUGGUUAGUUUGAAAUACAGAAACAAAGACUUGAAAGAUUAUGAAGCUUGGCUCGGAAUUCAUGAUGUUCAUGGAAGAGGAGAUGAGAAACGCAAACAGGUUCUCAAUGUUUCCCAGCUAGUAUAUGGACCUGAAGGAUCAGAUCUGGUUUUACUGAAGCUUGCUAGGCCUGCUGUUCUGGACGAUUUUGUUAGUACGAUUGAUUUACCUAAUUAUGGAUGCACAAUUCCUGAAAAGACCACUUGCAGUGUUUAUGGCUGGGGCUACACCGGAUUGAUCAACUCUGAUGGUCUGUUACGAGUAGCACAUCUCUACAUUAUGGGAAAUGAGAAGUGCAGCCAGCAUCAUCAAGGAAAGGUGACUCUGAAUGAGUCAGAAAUAUGUGCCGGGGCUGAAAAGAUUGGAUCAGGACCAUGCGAGGGGGAUUAUGGUGGCCCACUUGUUUGUGAACAGCAUAAAAUGAGAUUGGUUCUUGGAGUCAUUGUUCCUGGUCGUGGAUGUGCCAUUCCAAAUCGUCCCGGUAUUUUUGUCCGGGUAGCAUAUUAUGCAAAAUGGAUACACAAAAUUAUUUUAACAUAUAAGGUACCACAGUCAUAGCUGAAGUAAGUGUGUCUGAAGCAUCCAUCAAUACAGCUCUAUUUUACAUGAAGAUUUCAGAGAAUGUGGAAUUAAAAUGUCACUUAAAACAAUCCUAAAACAACUACUUGAGAGUCAUGUUUGUUAAAAUACUCAUUAAUAUUUGUGGGUGUUUUCUGUUGUUUUGUUUGUCAGUGUUAUUUUGUAAAUGUUGAAAUGAGUUAGGGUACAUGCAAGUGUAGUAACAUAUUUCCUGAAGAUACUUGAAUGGAUUUAAAAAAUGCAAAGGUGUAAUUUCUGGAUGAUAAAAGAUUUAAUGGAAAAGAUCAAUUAAUCUCUCUACGCUGCUUUCCAAGGUUAGUUUCUUAAUGAUGAAUAAACCAUAAGUUAAAUGUAACUUUAACCUCACCAAAAUAAUUUACACCUUGGGUCCUUAAAUUGUAACUCUGUAUUAAAUUAUAUUACAUU